AUGGACCCGCCAUCCGGGGUGCUCAAGGAACUGGAGCGGAUAAUGGCGAAUUUUUUCUGGGGUCAGACGGAGCUGGGCCCUAAACACCACUGGCGUUCCUGGGAAAAACUAUGCUUUCCAGUGGAGGAAGAUGGCCUUGGCAUACGAUCCUUUAAAGACAUACAGGGGGCGUUCAGCUGCAAACUGUGGUGGCGUUUCCGCCAUUCCACCUCCUUGUGGGCUCUUUUCAUGAGGUCUCGUUAUAGUGAAGACAAUGGGGCAAUCCGCGGGACAUCCAGAGUCUGGCGACGAAUGCUGGCUGUUUCUGAUACGGGUAAUGUGGAUUCCCAAUGCACCUUCGACGGACAUUCUCUGCAGGCUACAGCAAUGGUGGCUUUGUCACCCUCCAAGCUCUGCACGGGGAAAGCUGUGCAGGGUGUUGCCGUCGCUAAUCUGUUGGGGACUUUGGAAGGUCUGGCCUUUGGUUCAAGUGACGGCGGGAUGAGGGGAACUGGUCCACUCGGGGAAUCCAAGCUCCUCUGGUGCUGGAGGGUGCUGCGUGACUCGGGGAGUAGUGUCCUACGCGGUUUCUCAUCCUUCUUGGGAUCAAGGACAAAUAUGGAAGCGAAGCCUUGGCAUUACUGGAGGGUAUUCUACUCUCCACAGAUUUCCCCCCUACAGGUUCAAAUGGACUCUCAGGUGCUGCUGGCUAUGGUGAAUGGCAAUGGAAGAAUUCCUUGGACGCUAUGGAAACUAUCUCACGCAUCCAACCUUAGCGCGGGGCCCGCUAGGUCACUUUCACUCAUGUUUAUCGGGAGGCAAACGGGUGCCGACGCGCUUGCAAAACUAGCUAGUUCCACAGAAUCUCUAACACUGGACCGGUAUUUGAUUAUUGAGGCUAAUGGUGGUCUUAAUCAGCAGCGAUCAUCGAUAUGCAGUGCAGUGGCCUUGGCUGGGCUUUUGGGAGCAACUCUAGUUAUUCCACGCCUCGAAUUUCAUAGUGUUUGGCAAGAUUCAAGUGAAUUUGCAGAUAUUUAUGAUGAAGAACAUUUCAUAUUUACCCUGAAAGAUUUUGUAACAGUAGUCCGGGAGCUACCUGAAGAAAUAAUGAAAACAUAUGAUUUUAACAUCAGCAGUAUACCAAAUAUUCGUGUCCAAGCUUGGGCUCCUGCCAGUUACUACUUAGGAGAAGUUUACCCAGUCUUGCUCAACCAGAGGGUUGUCCGCAUAUCUCCAUUUGCAAACAGGCUGUCAAUGAAUGUUCCACCUCAUAUUCAGUUUUUAAGAUGUUUGACCAAUUAUAAAGCUCUCAGAUUCUCUUCUGCCAUAUCGAAUCUUGCACAAAAAUUAGUCAAUAGAGUGACAGAGAAAAGCUCUUCCUAUGGUGGGAAGUAUGUUUCAAUUCAUCUCCGCUUUGAGGAGGACAUGGUGGCCUUCUCUUGUUGUUUAUAUGAUGGUGGAAGGUCUGAAAAAUUUGAUAUGGAUGCAAUACGAGAGAAGGGGUGGGGUAAGAAAUUCAAGAGCAGCGGUCAUGUGAUUUCACCUGGUCUUAAUCGCAUUAAUGGAAGGUGUCCUAUGACUCCUUUGGAGGUUGGGAUGAUGCUUAGAGGUAUGGGAUUUGCCAAUGACACGCCUAUUUAUUUGGCUUCAGGAAAAAUUCACCAGGCAGAUAGAAAUUUAAUGCCUCUUCUCAAGAUGUUCCCCCUAUUACAGACGAAGAACUUGCUUGCAACAGAAGACGAGCUUGCUGAGUUUCAGGGAUACUCUUCAAGGUUAGCUGCAUUGGACUAUGCUGUAUGCUUGUUUAGUGAAGUAUUUGUCAGCACUCAAGGUGGAAACUUCCCGCAUUUUCUGAUGGGUCAUAGGAGGUUCCUCUAUAAUGGCCAUGCUAAAACCAUCAAACCCAAUAAGCCCAAGCUUGCGCUUUUACUGCACAACACAAGCAUAAGGUGAUAUCUGUUCUCCCAUUCUGUUUU